AUGAUCCGAUGACUGUCAAGUUUGGUGAGAUGGAGCAUCUGGAAUGGCUGGCCACACCCUUUUUGCUUGCAUAUGGACCCCCUGGCCUCGCACACAAUCGCCACUGCCUGAGGCUGUUGCAGCAAUUUGAGGCCGUCCAAACCUUUAAUCUAGUGCUACUGGCAUGUUUGCCGGCUAAUAUUGAGGACAUGGAUCACCCUCAUUACUUGAUUGAAGAGAUGGUAAGGCUCCCUGACAUUAGAUCCUUGAACCUGUUUCUCUUUACAAAUGGACAUUCUUUUGGAGCCAGCUCAUUCCAUUUACUCAGGAUGCGUACUGGUAUAAGAAAGUUGGGGCUAGUAUUUGAUAGUUGUAAGGACGUGGAGGUGGCAACCACUUGUGCAUCAGGUUGCAUUUGUGAUCAACCUACAAACUGGAAAACCGAGGAACUUGUGCUGAGGCGCCUUCAAGACAUAGAAAUACAAUUUUUGUCAGGAACUGCACAUGAUUUUGCUCUUGUGGAACAAUUGUUCAGUUGGGCAACAGCGGUGAAAACAGUGACAGUAAGUUUCAAUCGAUCAAUCACUGGAAGUAUGGCCAACGAGUUCUGCCAGAGGAUACUAGGUUUCUCCAGGCCAGAAAUAUGUGUGAAAUUUUAUGUGUACAGACCCCAUAAAUAACAACUAUGCAAGUUCAUA